GAUGGACCGCUACUACGAGGAGGAUCCGGCACGCAGGGCGAGUGAGCUGAUGGAGAACCUGUCGCUGUGCGAGACCUACCGAGACGUGAGAGUGGAGCUCGACCCGGACGUGGACUUCGGGCCGGCCGAGCACAAGGGCAGGCGCGCGCACCGGGACGCCUUUUACGCGGACGACGCGUACUGCGGCGCGAGGUCCGAGGUCGCUCUGCCGUGCUACGGCGGCGUCGGCGAGCGGCACCGGAGGUCGUGCGCGCACGCGAGCCCGCGCUCGAGCCUCGCGCACUGCAGCGACGGCAGCGGCGCGCUCAGCCCGCGCUCGAGCUACGCGAGCACCUCCAGCGACGCCAGCAAGCCCUCGAGCCCCGGCUGCGUCGUCGGCUACGAGUGCGCGAGCCGCCCGAGCAGCAACCGCACCAGCGGCGUCAGCAUGGGAUACGACCAGCGGCACGCGAGCCCGCGCUCCAGCAUCUGCGGACCGAGCAGCGCCGGACUUACCCUCAGCCCCAGGUCCAGCAUCUCGAGCCACAGCUCCAGGAGCUCGCGGAGCUCUCGGGGAUCCAUGGGUGCGUGCACGGAGCUCCUGGCUGCCUCGUCGCCCCGCGCCUCUCUGCUCGAAGACGCACUCCUGCAGGACACCGGCGAGGCCAGCGUGCUCCACCGCGCGCACCUCCAUCCGUUCACGGUGACCGAAGAGAUGCACCACGGCGCCGCGGCCAGAUCUCGCGCCCAGGCUCCAAGACUGAAGCUGCCCUACCAGGUGACCCCUGCGCGAGAGAACGGCGCGAGCCAGGCGGAGAGACGGCUCGAGGCCCUCACGCUGGAGCUGGAGAAGGAGCUGGAAAUACACAUGAAGAAGGAAUAUUUCGGUAUUUGUGUAAAAUGUGGGAAAGGGGUGUAUGGAGCAAGUCAGGCCUGCCAGGCGAUGGGAAAGCUCUACCAUACUAACUGUUUCACCUGCUGUUCAUGUGGGAGGAGACUGAGAGGAAAAGCGUUCUACAAUGUGAAUGGAAACGUCUACUGCGAGGAGGACUUUCUGUAUUCCGGCUUUCAGCAGACGGCGGAGAAGUGCUUUGUGUGUGGACACCUCAUCAUGGAGAUGAUCCUGCAGGCUCUUGGGAAGUCCUACCACCCAGGUUGUUUCCGCUGUGUCGUGUGUAAGGAGGGACUCGACGGAGUUCCCUUCACCGUUGACGUUGAGAACAACAUCUACUGUGUUAAAGAUUAUCACACAGUGUUCGCUCCAAAAUGUGCAUCAUGUGGUCAACCUAUUCUCCCAGUUGAGGGUUCAGAGGAGACCAUACGGGUCGUGUCCAUGGAUAAAGACUACCAUGUAGAGUGUUAUCACUGUGAGGACUGCGGCCUUCAGUUAACUGAUGAAGAGGGCCACCGUUGUUACCCUUUGGAGGGUCACCUGCUGUGCCACACCUGUCACCUGCACCGGUUAAAAGCCUCCGGUCCGUCUCAACCAACGACCAGCUAUCCACUUCAUGUCACUGAGCUGUAAACACACACACACGCUCUCGCACACUUAAUACAGUGCCACGAAGGGAGAUGUGUGUGAUUGUUUGUUGCUGCUCUCUCCAUUGACUCCUUCACUGAAAUGAGGCCUAGACAGACAGACAGACAGGAAACACAGUGUCUUUCUAUCUCGCUGUCCCUCUGCAGCUGCACCAUGGAAUGAUGUCAAAGACUCAACCCUUGAUCUUCAUGGUCCCAGACACUUCCAAGGACACAACCAGCAUAUACAGCUACAUUCCGAGAAAGAAAAAGCCUCACGAGUGGCCUUUCGCUGAAAAUCUCGCACUUAACUUUUGUUGCUGUUGUUGUUUCACUCAUUGCCUUCAAGUUGCACCGUUAUUAUCGUAACACCAUUUUGUAUUCAUAUAUACACAGUGUGCGGGAUGUGAUAUGAUACGAUAGUGGUAAGGAAUGCAAAUCCUUGCACUGUGCUCACACUAAACACACACACACAGACUUUUACAUUCGUGUGCCAGCAUUUUAAGCAGACACAUUCACAAAUUUACACAAGCACAUACACCUUAACAUAUCAUAUUUAACCCUAUUGAUAUUCAGAGACAUUUUACACGAAUGUAGAGGUUUUUCUUCUUUUUCAAAAAUUUUUUUUGGCUCGUAUCAUUUCUAAACUGGUACUAGACUCCAGUGCGGUGUGUACGUUUUUCCCAACACUGGUUUGUCUGGGAGGAUACACGCUGGAGAUGUGUUGCAGCUGUCGUGACAAAGGAAAGGAUCGCUGUUCAGGUUUUUUUUCUUUUCUUUUCUACUGCUAAAAGCUCAAUAGGUGCCGGUCUCACCUGAGUUUAACAGGAUGGAUGUGUGUCUGUGUGUAUGUGAAUAUUCCCAGCAUGCAUCAGUGGCAGGGCCACUGUGAAUGUAACUGUUUGCUUGGCCUUGAGUGUGUGUGUGUGUGUGUGUGUGUGUGUGUGUGUGUGUGUGUGUGUGUCUAAAGUGUCUUAAAAUGCAACUGCUGAUGGCAAACUGAUGACAAACCAGCAAAUCCUCCUUGUCAUGGUUGUAUGUGUGUGUGUGUGUGUGUGUGUGUGUGUGUGUGUGUGUGUGUGUGUGUGUGUGUGUGUGUGUUUGGCCAGUCACAUGCAUACAGGAGUCCUGCUGUAACACUACUGAGUGGACACAGGCAGGCAAAAAACCAAUCCUGUCCUCGACAUUAUCAUUUCUAACACACACUUCCUGUGGAGCGAAACAUUCCACUCAAAGUGCACAGAAUAUAUUUUUUAACAAUACUGAUACACUAAAUGGACAAAAGUAUUGGGACACCUGACUUUUCCAGCCAUAUGUGGUUCUUCACCAAACUGUUACUACAAAAUGUAUAAGACGUCUUUGGAUGUAGGAGCAUGACAUUUUCCCUUUCAUUCGAAAACCUAUGAAACCCAAAACCGUUCCAGCAUGACAAUGCUUCUGUGCACAAAGCCAGCUCCAUGGGUUGGAAAGCAACAUCUCCUGCCCUCAAACCCUACCGAACACCUUCAUCUCACCUACAUCAGUAUCUGUCUUUACUAACACUCACUGAAUGAGCACAAAUCUCCACAAGCACAAAAUCUUCAAAAUCUAGUGGAACAUCUUCCCAGAAGAAUAACAGAAAUGGGGAUUAAAUGUGGAAUGGGAUGUUCAAAAAGCACAUACCAGUUUUAUGUUCAGGUGUCCACACACCUUUGUCCAUACAGUAAACAGUAAACCUAUGCCUAACCCUAUUUCUCCUCAAACCAUUCCCAGAAGGGUCGUUUCACUUUUUUUUUUACGGGAACUGCAUAUAAUUUUCUCUCCACGAUGUCUUAAUACGCUUAAUACAAAUAAUGUAUUUGUAACUAUUUGAUAGAACACAGGUAGAGUCCCUGUAAAUAAACACUGCUAGCGUUUUUUUUUAUUCCCUGCUUCAAUCCGAAGUGUAGUUCUCAGAACGCGUCUCUCACCUUUCUGCUUUAUUAUUAUUUUUUUUGUAUCAAUGUUCAAUGUUUUUUGGAUUCCUUAGAUAUUUCAUAAAUAAAUAAAAGGAAAGUAGAUUUAUUUAUCUAAGCACGAGAAAAGGUUUAAAGUUAUUUAAUGUUAAAAGAAGUUGGGACAUAUCCUUUAACCAUAGACAAGAUCAAUCUGCUUUUUCAAUAAAGUGGUUUUGUAGUUAA